AGCUGACUCUUCAGAAACCAUGGCAGACGAUCGUCGCACCUUCGCCGCCUUCAUGGCUGGCGUCGCUCUUCUUUCCGUCCUCGCCAUGGUCAACAUCACGGCUACUCGGCGAACGGCUCUCGUCAGCUUCCCGCAGACUGACCUCGAUAUGAUCAACGUCAUGCAAUCUCUCAACGGCAAGCGCGUGCGCAUGGAGAAGAUGAGCACUGCUCAGCCUGCACAGAAGCACUCGCACGCUAAGAAGCUCUCCAUGCCCCAGCAGUAUGCACGAAUCAUGCAAAACAUGGGCUACUUCGCUCCUUGGAGCCGACAGAACUCCUGGGAAGACAGGAUCGCCAUCGCCAACAUCCGCAAGAACAACUCUCCCCAGGCUUUGGCUGCCAAGGCUGCCAAGAUCGAGGCCGAGAACAAGAAGUUUCAGAAGCGUUUUUCCACUCCCCACACUUCCCAGUACACGGGAGUUCAUGAGAAGAUCUCCAACAUCUUGGACCCCAAGUACCAGCCGUGGGCCAACGCAGCUCCGCGCAAGGCCUACUACCAGGGCUACUAAGCAGAUGGCAUCGAGCUGUUGUGAGACGGACACAACAGAAAUGACAGAGAUUAACCGCCUUGAUGGAAGAUUAAAUUUUGAAAUGUGGU